AUAAACAAUGAAGCCAGAGCAUCAAACUACAUGAGUUCUCUGAACUUACCAGACAAAACGUUGCAGUUUGUUAAAGAUCAUCCUCUGAUGGAUGACUCAGUGACUCCAAUGGGAGACAGACCUCGACUAGUAAAACGGGAUGUGAAAUAUACCCAGAUUGUAGUAGAUAGAGUCAGAGCACUCAAUGGCACCAUAUAUGAUGUUAUGUUCAUCAGUACAGAUCGAGGAGCCCUGCACAAAGCUAUCAGCUAUGAGAAUGGAAUGCAUAUUAUUGAAGAAACACAGCUUUUCCCAAACUUUGAGCCAGUCCAAACUCUCUUGCUUUCAUCCAAAAAAGGCAGAAGAUACCUCUACGCUGGUUCAAAUUCUGGUGUGGUUCAGUCUCCGGUGGCAUUCUGUGACAAGUACACCACUUGUGUUGACUGUGUUUUAGCAAGGGACCCUUACUGUGCUUGGAAACCCCUUGAAGCUUCCUGCACUGAUAUUUUUAAAGAAAGUGAAAUUGAAAGGAACUGGAUUCAGAACAUAGGUGGAGAUGCAUCUUCUUGUUCUGAUAAAGUAAGAGAGAAUUCCCUACAGCAUACAUUCAAGCAUGGGAGCACAGCAGAACUCAAGUGUUCUCAAAAGUCCAAUCUGGCACAGGUAGUUUGGAAGUUCAAAGAUGAUGUGCUGAGAGUGGAGAGCCCCAAGUACCGUCUGCUGGAAAAAGCACUGCUCAUCUUCAAUUUAUCAGAAGGAGACAGCGGUGUUUACCAGUGUUUGUCAGAAGAAAAAGUGAAGAAUAAGAAAUUUUCUCAAGUGCUGGCUAAGCAUGUUUUGGAACUGAAAAAGAUCCAGCAUACCACGGUGGGCCCCACCGUGGCAGCUGCACCAACAGAAGGUAAUAGCGAUGUGCCAAAAGUGUCAGCUGUAUCAACCGAGGGGUCUGCCACUCACACCUCGACCACUCAGAUGGUACCGGUAACGACAGCAAGGGUAGUGACAAAGCCCAUUGGCCCUGUCCUAACGAGUGCAGCCUCCAACACAGAGAUCUUCAACUCGGUUCCUGACGCGGUCCCAGAAAAGACGAUGUUCCUCAAGUCAAACGAUAACUUUCUGUUGAUGUUCCUCUUCCUCUUCUUUUUUAUUCUCUUCUUGUGCCUGCUCUCCUACAACUGUUACAAAGGGUACUUGCCAGGGCAGUGCUUGAAAUUUCGCUCUGUCAUGCUGCUUGGUAAGAAGAAAACCAAGUCAGAUUUUUCUGAUUGCGAGCAGAGUGUGAAGGAGACGCUGGUGGAGCAAGGCAGCGUCAGCCACCAGAGCGGGGAGCAGCCGAAGCCGGCACACGACACCGGCUACGAGACUGAGCCCGAUUGCGGGAAUGGCCAGCUGCAGCCUGGGGAUUUGCAGGCGUCCCGAGAGGCCAAGGACAAGCCCUUCGAUGUCAAGUGUGAGCUCAAGUACGCCGACUCGGAUGCGGAGGGGGACUGA